CAACGUCCAAUCUUAGCGGACUCGCACUCAACCUGAGAUGUCACUUUCUUUUGGCACACACGGCGUGCAUCAAUUCGCGUUCACGAUCAUCUUGCUCCUAGCGAUUCUUAACUUCACCAAGGCCGAGAAGCCGAAACUACAACCGCUUCAUUUCCCGCAAAGUCGGAUCCGCGUUGGUGAGAGUGCCAGUGCCCUGUGCGCGUUGGUGGCCGGUUCUCCCGUCGUGCGGUUCAAGUGGUUCAAAGAAAAUGUGGCCAUUGAUGGAAAACUUCCCUACGUGAACGUCAAGAACGACAAGAGGGUGUCCGUGUUGACCAUCGAGUCGGUGACUCUAAGCAGUGCUGGAAAUUACACCUGCAUUGCCGACAACGACUAUGGAAGUGACGCCAACUCAGCGGCUCUGGUCGUCGAAGCGCCUCCACAGUGGAAGACAGAGCCCAGAGAUCUAUCAGUGAGCGCAGGGCAAGCUCUGCUGGUGGAAUGCUCCGCAACAGGGUAUCCACUUCCCAAAGUCACGUGGAAGAAAGAAGAGCCGAAGAAUGAGCGAACGCUCGUCGCAUCUCAAGACGGAUCAGCGACACUUUCGGUGACUGAAAGCACAAAAGAGACGGAAGGCAGGUACUUCUGCGAAGCUGACAACGGUGUGGGAGCAGCCCUGAAGACCGCAUUGUUCAUAAAAGUGAAACAGGCGCCCAAAAUCCAGCCGUUUACCUUCAACGACAAAGUUCGGAUUGGAGGGCGCGCUGUGGGAAGCUGCAUCGUGGUGACCGCUGCGGCUCCCCUAACGUUUACGUGGAUCAAAGAUGGUGUUCAGUUGCGGGACAAAACAGGACUGUCCAUACAGAACAACAGGCUGGUAUCUCUGCUCAUCAUCGAAACAGCAGACGUGUCCAGUCAUGGAAACUACACCUGUAGGGCAUCCAACGCCAUGGGGACGGAUGCGUACACAGCGGAGCUUAAAGUCGAAGCGCCCCCAACGUGGAGCCACGAGCCUCAAGACGUAUCCGCCAUAGUCGGCACGAACGUUACAGUGGAGUGCAGAGCUACCGGCUCUCCCAUUCCCCAGAUAACCUGGACCAAGUCAAAAGACGGAACCUCAACUAGACUACUAAUGCACAAGGACGUUCUCCUCAUUCAAAACAUCCAGGAUGUAGACGCGGGCUCAUACACGUGCAAGGCCGAGAACGGCGUCGGGCCGACAUUGCACAAGACCGUUCGAGUCAACAUUCGCGGUAGGCACAGUUUACACAGCUCCGACCUACGUGCCAAACAAAGUACCACGAACCUGAGCAGUGCGUACGAAAACGACCAGAAGGGUUAUCUUCAGAACCCCGAUGCUUGA